AUGCCCAUACUACUCCCACGCUACUCCCACGCUACUCCCACGCUACUCCCACGCUACUCCCACGCUACUCCCACGCUACUCCCACGCCAUGCCCAUGCCAUGCCUGCUCUUUCCCAUGCCAUGCCCACGUUCUCCUUACCUUCGUGCCUCCUGCUUCACACUCUGUCUCAGAAUUCGCUCUGUCUCAUUGACAUGCCGUCCCAACCCCGCCUCAAGGUGGUCACAGCCAGCAGCAACAGCAUCGCCUCCUUCGAAUCCUUCCCCCUCCUGCCCGCUCUGGAGCACCUGCGUCUGGACGACAACCCAAUAGAGGACGCCCCUGCUCCGCACUUGGCUGCCAUUCUGCUCGCCGCCUCCUCUCUUCUCUCCUUCAACUCCUCAGACAUCAAUGCAGCAGCUUGUGCUUCAUGUUUGCGCGUGCGCACCUCUGCAUGUGUGCGCGCCUCUGCAUGUGUGCGCGCCUCUGCAUGUGCUCACAAGGUGGGGUUGGGAGGGGAGGGCACGGGCCCAUGUGUGUGCAUGGGGUGGCCGCCGCCGUCCCCUCUAAUUGAUGUCAUACCAGCCUCCCUGGUGUCUUUCCUGGCGGCCCACUGGGCACCCAUGCUCCCUGCCGGCUACACCCUUUGCCUCGCUGCUGCUGGACCGCCCCAUACCUUUUCAAUCCCUCAACUGUGUGUGCCUGCCCUGUGUCUCCGUUCCCCCCCACCUCCCCCUGUCCUCCCAGCCUCCCUGGUGACCUUUCUCGCCACCCACUGGGCAUCAACGCUUCCUGCCGGCUUCACCCUCUCGUCGCUGCUGCUCGACCGGCCCAUAGAGGACCGCCCCUGCCACUGCCGCCUGCUGCUGCAGCGCACUGGUGGUGGUGCACGGGCGAGGGAGGAUGGGGAGGAGGAUUGGGGCGAGGAUGGGGUGAAAGAUGGGGGGCAGGAUGGGGGGAAGGAUGGGGGACCAGAUAGGGAGGAGGUUGUGGGUGAGGAUGUGGGAGUUGAAGAGAGAGAGGAGGGAGUUGGGCCAAGGGAGAGGGGAAAGGAGAGGGAGGGAGGGGAGGAGGAAUCAUCAGUGUCAUCGGGUGUGGCGAUGCGGUAUGAGUGGCUGCGGCGGGGCAAAGGGGCUGCGGAGUUCAGCGCCAUUCCCGAUGCUGAGGGGGAGGUCUACACGCCCUCCUUCUCAGACGUGCAUGCGUGUCUCGCUGUGCGCUGCACCCCGCUGCUCCACGGCCAGCCCUGCACGCCCCUUAUCCUCACCACGCCACCAGUCGCCCCUGGCCCGGGCAUACCACGAGUGCACCAUGUGUCGCUGGGAGGGGAGGCGGUGGAGGGGGGCGUGCUGACUGCCAUGGUGGAGGUGGGGUGGAGCUCGGGCGAGCCAGGGCCGUGCCAGUACAGCUGGACCCGCUUGGCACCCACAGCUCAGGGCGGGACAACAAGGGAGGAGGUGCAGAGGGGUGGGGAGGAGUACUCCCUCUCACUGCACGACGUGGGGUGUGUGCUGCAGCUCGCCUUCACCCCGGUGUCUGCUGCAGGGGUGAGGGGGGAACCCGCCUCCGCCACCUCUCCCCCCAUUGCUGCCGGUGAGAAUGGGUGCAGAGGGGUGGGGAGCGGUGGGUGUGUGCUGCAGCUCUCCUUCACCCCGGUGUCUGCUGCAGGGGUGAGGGGGGAACCCGCCUCUGCCACCUCUCCCCCCAUUGCUGCUGGUGAGAGUGGCUGCUUGGUGCAGCAGGUGGCGGUGGAGGGGGAAGCACUGCUGGGGGGAGCGCUGCGGGCGAGUGCAGCAGGUGGUGGUGGAGGGGGAGGCGCUGCUGGGGGGAGUGCUGCAGCGCCCCCCCAGGUGCAGCAGGUGGCAGUGGAGGGGGAGGCGCUGCUGGGGGGAGUGCUGCGGGCGAGGGGAACUUAUUUUGGGGGAGCAGAGGGGGCGAGUUUGCUGCAGUGGUUCCGGGAGGAGGGGGGGAAGGCGGAGGGGGGGUUGGAGGAGGGGGAAGACGGAAGGAGUGCGGCCGGUGCUGGUAGCAACAGUGGUCGUUUGCGACUAGUGCCAGUGGGCGAGGGCAGAGAGUACGCAGUGCAGGCGGACGAUGUGGGCUGCUACCUGCUGCUGCGCUACACGCCAGUCGCCUCCUCAGGUCUGAUCGGAGAGCCAGUCACAGCGCGCUCGCCUAUCAUCUGCCUCCCCCUACCCCAUGCCAGCGACGUGGCGAUGAGGGGCCACUGGUGGAGGGAGGAGAGGUACGGACGGGUGGAAGGCGGGGAGGUGCGGGUGCGGGCACGGUUGCAAUGGGCAGAGGAGGGGCACAGCGUGGGAGAAUGGCUCUUCACACUCACAGCCCCUCUUCCCUCUUUCGCACUCCCUUUCCUCCCCACCCAUCCUCCACCAGCGCUGCCGCGGGCGAGCGAUUUGGCGAUUGAGGGGCCGCUGGUGGAGGGUGGGGAGGUGCGGGUGCGAGUGCGGUUGCAAUGGGCCGAGGAGGGGCGCAGCGAGGUGGAGUGGUUCUUCACUCACACGCCCCACUCCCUUUCAACUGCGGACCUUCAGCCCAUCACUGCUGAGACCCCCAACUCCAUGGUGAGAGCCGCAACAAGGGGGUGCAGGGGGCGGAGAAGGGAGGGAUCUGAGGGGCCUCAAGAGGAGGGGCCUCAAGAGGAGGGGCCUCAAGAGGAGGGGCCUCAAGAGGAGGGGCCUCAAGAGGAGGGGCCUCAAGAGGAGGGGCCUCAAGAGGAGGGGCCCAGUGAGGUGGAAUGGUUCUUCACCCACACGCCCCACUUCCUUUCCACUUUCUCUCCCUCCGUCCAACCACCUAUAAUCCCACCAGGCCCUCACAGUGCCUCUGGAGGCCAUGGGGUCGCACGGGGCAGUGCGGCUGGUGCCAGAGCCCUCACAGUGCCUCUGGAGGCCAUAGGGUCGCACCUGGCAGUGCGGCUGGUGCCGGUGCGGGCAGAUGGGGUCAAGGGCAGGCCUGUGGUCGCCGUGUCCUCUGCUGCAGUCACAGAGGGUGAGUCGCAGGUGUUGAGUGUGGACGAGGAGAGUGGGGAGGAGGAGGGGGGGGUGCUGGUGAUGGGGCAUUACUCUUUCACGCCUAUCAGGCACACUCUGGCGAUGCUGCUGAUUCACCCGUCUCCCAUACUGCAUUCCCUUUUCACCACCCUGCCCUUCCUUUUCUCCCGCCCAGAGGGCGAGCCGCAAGUGUUGAGUGCGGAUAUGGAAGGGGAGGAGGAGGAGGGGGGUGUGCUGGUGGGGUAUUACACUGCGGAUAUGGAGGGCGAGGAGGAGGAGGGGGGUGUGCUGGUGGGGUAUUACACGUACCAGGGAGGGGCCGAGGGGGACUCGCUCCUGGAGUGUGCGGAUAUGGAGGGCGAGGAGGAGGAGGGGGGUGUGCUGGUGGGGUAUUACACGUACCAGGGAGGGGCCGAGGGGGACUCGCUCCUGGAGUGGUACCGAUAUGCGGACGAGGACGGCCAGCCGGGGCCACACGGCGAGCUGGUAGAAGACGAGGACGGCGAGCAGCCGCGGAUGGCGGGGGGCGGCAUGAGUCGGCACAUGCCGUCCGCUAGCGACGUGGGCUGCUUCCUCUCCUUCCGCGUCACUCCUGUGCGAUCCGACGGGGUGGUCGGCACCCCCCAGGCAGUCUGCACGGCCGGCCCGAUCCGGGCGGCGCUGCCGUCCGUCAGCGACGUGUGGGUGGAGGGCGAUCUGGUGGAGGGCGGGCGGCUGGUGCCCAGGUGGACGUAUGCGGGCGGCAGGCAGGGCAACACACGCGUGCAAUGGUUCUCGAUGCUUCCUGACAUGAGUGAUAAGCGCCGCAUCCACCCUCUCAAGCAUCAGGGGGAGGAGGAGGGGGAGGAGGAUGGGGGAUUGAGUGUGGGGGCGGAGGAGGUGGGGCGGGUGGUGGUGGUGGUGUGCGUGCCGGUGAGGGACGAUGGGGAGGAGGGCGCUGCUGUUGAGAGCAGUCCUGUAGGGCCCAUCAUGGCAGCGCCCCCCUCGUGUGUGAAUCUGGCGGUGGAGGGCGAUGUGCGGCCGGGAGGGCUCCUCACCUGCCGGGCGCUCUACUGUGGAGGGCAGCAGGGCGAGUGCCAGGUAGCAUGGGUGAGAAUGACGCCCUCAGGGGAGGAGCAGCUUGUGGGGCGGCAAGGCACGUACACAGUGACAGCAGAGGACGUGGGGAGUCGGCUGCGAGUGGAGUUCACUCCUGUGCGGGCCGAUGGGGCUGCUGGGGAGGUUGCACCCAUUUCUGAGGCGCGCACGUACACAGUGACAGCAGAGGACGUGGGGAGUCGGCUGCGAGUGGAGUUCACUCCUGUGCGGGCCGAUGGGGCUGCUGGGGAGGUUGCACCCAUUUCUGAGGCGCGCACGUACACAGUGACAGCAGAGGACGUGGGGAGUCGCCUGCGAGUGGAGUUCACUCCUGUGCGAGCCGAUGGGGCUGCUGGGGAGGUGGCUGCCAUGUCUUGCACUGCUGCAUUCACUCCCGUGCGGGCCGAUGGGGCUGUUGGGGGGGUGGCUGCUCUCACCACCAGUAUAGUCACACCAGGUCACCCACAUUUGCCACCAGCCGCUCGCCUGCUCUUCCUGUUUCUACCUCCCCCCUGCUCCGCAGCUCCCCCAGUCCCCUGGUCACCCACACCCACGCUCCCUUCCUCCCCUGCCUUUCAGACCGCCGUGUGUGUAUCAGUGUGUUGGAGGGGGGCGUAUUACAGGCAGGAGGGGAGGGAGAUGCACCCCAAAGCCCCAUUGUCCCCCACGCUCCCCUUUCUUCCCCACUCCCCUCCCAGACCGCCAUGUGAGCAUCAGUGUGUUGGAGGGGGGCGUGCUGCAGGCAGGCGGGGAGAUGCCCCACCCACCCCCCUCACCCCCACUCAACUGUCUCUUUCCCCUGUCGCCCUCCCUUCCUCCCCACAGACCGCCGUGUGUGCAUCAGUGUGUUGGAGGGGGGCGUGCUGCAGGCAGGCGGGGAGGGAGACGCCCCCAAACGCCCCAUUGUCCCCCACGUUCCCCUUUCUUCCCCACUCCCCUCCCAGACCGCCGUGUGUGCAUCAGUGUGUUGGAGGGGGGCGUGUUACAGAAGAGGGAGGGGAAAUGCCCCUCAACGCCCCAUUGUCCCCCCCACUCCCUCGCUUCCCCAUUCCCCUUCCCACAGACCGUCGUGUGUGCAUCAGUGUGUUGGAGGGGGGCGUGCUGCAGGCUGCUGGGGAGAUGCCCCACCCACUCCCCUUCACUCCCUCCUCUCCAAUACCCCACAUACCCCAAUGUCUCCCUGAUUUGUUCCCCACAGAUCGCCGUGUGAGCAUCAGUGUGUUGGAGGGGGGCGUGUUGCAGGCAGGAGGGGAGAUGCUAGAGCGCGCUGCAGGGGGGGAGAUGCCCCACCCACUCCCCUUCACCCCCUCCUCGCCAAUACCCCACAUACCCCAAUGUCCCCCUGAUUUGUUCCCCACAGAUCGCCGUGUGUGUAUCAGUGUGUUGGAGGGGGGCGUGUUGCAGGCAGGAGGGGAGAUGCUAGAGCGCGCUGCAGGGGGGGAGAUGCCCCACCCACUCCCCUUCACCCCCUCCUCGCCAAUACCCCACAUACCCCAAUGUCCCCCUGAUUUGUUCCCCACAGAUCGCCGUGUGUGUAUCAGUGUGUUGGAGGGGGGCGUGUUGCAGGCAGGAGGGGAGAUGCUAGAGCGCGCUGCAGGGGGGGAGAUGCCCCACCCACUCCCCUUCACCCCCUCCUCGCCAAUACCCCACAUACCCCAAUGUCCCCCUGAUUUGUUCCCCACAGAUCGCCGUGUGUGUAUCAGUGUGUUGGAGGGGGGCGUGUUGCAGGCAGGAGGGGAGAUGCUAGAGCGCGCUGCAGGGGGGGAGAUGCCCCACCCACUCCCCUUCACCCCCUCCUCGCCAAUACCCCACAUACCCCAAUGUCCCCCUGAUUUGUUCCCCACAGAUCGCCGUGUGUGUAUCAGUGUGUUGGAGGGGGGCGUGUUACAGGCAGGAGGAGAGAUGCUAGAGCGCGCUGCAGGGGGGGAGAGGGGAGGGGGAGAAGGCGGGCUGGGGGAGGGGAGAUCGGGGGAGGGUGGAAGGGGAGAGAGGGGAGCGGGGGAGGGGGACGUGUGGGUGGCAUGGUACAUGCAGGGGCGGGAUGGGCGGAUGGAGCGGAUAGAGGGAGCAGAAGGGCGCACGUAUGUGCCUCAGGAGGCUGAUUAUGGUUGCUGUGUGGUGGCGGGCUGUCGCCCGUGGCUAUCUGAUGGCACAUGGGGCGACGAGGUGCUCUCUGCCCCAGGUCCCAUCGUGCUGCCAGAGCUGUCGGACGAGGAGGCGGUGUCACUGGAGGUGGAGGGGCGGGCAGAGGUGGGAGCAGUGCUGCACGCCCUGCAUGCUGUGUCGCCCGCCCUGGAGCCCUUCGUCACAGCUGUUCACAUGCAGUGGUGGCAGGCCAGCAGCGGCUCCGACUCGCACCGCCCGAUCGACGGCGCCACGUCAGCGCGCCUGCCAGUGACGGAGCGCCACGUGGGCGCGUACCUGCUGUGCUCCGCCACCGUGCUGGACUCGAGCACCGCUGCUGCAGCAGGGGCGGAGGAGGUGCGGGGUAUGCAGAGGGCACAGCAGCGGGGUGAGGGCGAGGGGGCCGUGCUGCUGGAGGGAGGCAGGGGAGGGGCGCAGGGCGGGCAUGAGCAAGGAGGGCGUGAACGAGGGCAGGAAGGGUUGGGAGGCCGCGUGGAGGAAGGGCAUGAGCAAGGGCGUGGAGGGAUUGAAGGCAUAAGGGGAGGGUAUGUGGGGGAAGGAGAAGGCAGACGGGAGAGCAGAGGGUCGGCAGAGGCAGCGAGUGCAGGGUCCCGCCCUGCAGCCACCCCCGCACACUCAGAAAGCAGCACCGCGCUGCGCAUAUCAGGAGGGCCCUACCACACGUCGCUCUUCCACCUGCACCUCCCGCCGUCGCUCCCUGCCCCUGCCUGGCUGCGCCCCUCCUCCUGCCGCAUCCAGUGGUUCCGCGUGCCCCCAGGGGGUUUCCAUGCGCUGGACCCCCACCCCAUACCCGGUGCAACGGGCAUGACAUACCAAGCUGACGUGGCAGACGCGCAUCAGUGCCUCAUGGUGGAGAUGCGGCCCCUCCCCGCCCACGACCUGCACUCCCAGCAGGGGGAAGGGGAGGGGGAGGAGGUGGUGCUGCGAGUGCUGUCACCGCAAGUGCUUGUCGACCCCGCAGUGGCAAGGGAUGUGGAUCUCAUAGUGGCGGCGGGCAGCACCAAAGUGGAGACGCAUGACGUGGGGCGGUCAGGCCGAAGGGAGCACCGAGUGGUGGACGCCAGUAGAAAGCGGUUCAAAGUGGUGAAGCUCACAGCACUCGCUGCCAUCAACAGAGUGGAAGUCAGGGCAACCUACGACCCGCCCUUCAGGGUAACGCUCACGGCUCAGGUGGAAACUGAACCAGGCGAGCAGGAGCGCAUGCGGGUGGUGGUGAGUGCGGACAAGGAGGUGGAGACAGAGCCGGGCGAGCGGGAGCGCAUGCGCGUGGUGGUGAGUGCGGACAAGGAGGUGGAGCUCACACUUCCCUCCACCCUCUUUCAACCCCUUCCUCUCCCACCUCUCAUUGCACCUUUGAGCCAUCAGGUGGAAACAGAACCGAAUGAGCGGGAGCGCAUGCGCGUGGUGGUGAGUGCAGACAAGGAGGUGGAACUCACACUUCCCUCGCAACGAGCCCGGGAUGUCAUGGUGCUCUGCCUCCGUGCCUUCAUGCAGCAGCACCGCACUGCCAAGCACCAUUAA